GCAUCCUGCGAGUUCUUGGUAGACUUCGAGGCGUUCGCGGACCUGGACACCCAGAACUUCAACUGGACGCUGAAGUUCUACAAGCUGUCCGAGGCUUGUGUAGAGCUGCCCCGCUGGGAGUUUGUUUUGAAGUAUCAGCGUGUCUUGCCAGUCGAGUCUGAAGAAGUCCAG